UGAUUUUGAUUAUUUUUUAAUUCUUAUCUGUAGUAGUUUUUUUUUAGUUCCAUUAUCGCAUUAGUCUAUCAGCGUCGAUAGCACGGAGAUAUAUUUCCACAGCAAUUGCAAUUGCAAGAGCAGUACAACUUCCCUUUACUAAACCCUUAACUGGGACUGGCAUUCAUCUCCAUGAGGGGUGGUAACAAUUACAAUCUUAUUGAAUAAAAUUUAAGUUCCAGAUAGGAAACUGUUAAAGUAAAAUUGAAGCUAGUAUAGAAAUAGGUCAUCACACAGGAAUUCUAAAAACAUAGUGCACCCAAGUAUAAUGGCAGAUAUUAUUAUAAUAUUAACCUAGAUUGUUUCCACAUCGUUAAAUAAAAGUAAGAGAGUGAAUGUGUGUUAUGCUAAGGGAGUCUAAAUAUUAUGACCUGAGGCAAGGCCGUCAGCUGGUCUAGUCGUAUGCUAAUUCGAAGACAAGUGAGUAUAAAAAUCUAAAACAAUUGUCCUGAUUACCAUUCACUGUUAGUACACAGAGAGUAAUCAACAACAAAAUGUUCUCGAAAAUCGUAGCUUUGUGUGGUUUGGUGGCCGUGUGCCAGGCUGGUCUACUGCCUGCUGCCGUCCACUACUCGUCUGCCGCGGCUGUCUCCUCACAGAACAUCGCCCGUCAUGACCAGCCCGCCCAACAAAUCGCCAUCGCCACCCCAGUAGCCUACCACGCGGCCCCGUCCGUAACCACCUACCACGCUGCCCCCGCCGUCGCCACCUACCACGCUGCCCCCGCCGUCACUACCUACCACGCCGCCCCCGCCCACGUCGCUUACCAUGCUGCUCCCGUUGUCCCUCAUGCUGAAGACUUCGACGUAAGUUGUAUCAAAUUUACACCUGCGGAUUUUGUAAUCCCACUAUUUAAUAAUUGCUGAUAUCUAAUUCUGUAUUGUUAUACACAGGCUCACCCCAAAUACGAGUACAACUACUCGGUUGCUGACGGCCACACCGGUGACAACAAGUCCCAGCAGGAGUCCCGCGACGGUGAUGUCGUGAAGGGCUCUUACUCCUUCCACGAAGCCGACGGCUCCAUCAGGACUGUGGAGUACUCCGCUGACGACCACAGUGGUUUCAACGCCGUCGUCCUCAAAACCGCCCCCACAGCCGCGCCCGUCGUCGUCAAGGCCGCCCCCGUCAUCCUCAAGGCUGCCCCAGCUCACUACUACCACCACUUGGUAGCUUUGUGCGCCUUCGUGGCUGCUGCCCAGGCUGGUCUCCUGGCCGCGCCCGCUCACUACUCUCCCGCUGAAGCCGUCUCAUCCCAAAACAUCGUGCGUCACGACCAGGCUCACGCCGCUCCCCUCGCUAAGAUCGCCGUGGCUGCUCCCGUCGCCUACCACGCCGCUCCCGUAGCCUACCACGCCGCCCCUGCUCACUACUCGUCUGCUGCCGCUGUCUCCUCCCAGAACAUUAUCCGUCACGACCAGCCCGCCCAACAUGUUGCCAUCGCUGCCCCCGUAGCUUACCAUGCUGCCCCCGCGGUUGCCACCUACCACGCUGCCCCUGCCCCAGCUGUCUACCACGCUGCCCCUGCCCCAGCUGUCUACCACGCCGCCCCUGCCCCAGUGGCCUACCAUUCCGCCCCUGCCCCAGUGGCCUACCACGCUGCCCCUGUCGCUAAAAUUGUCGCACACGAAGAGGUCGCUCACCCCAAGUAUGAGUACUCAUACUCGGUUGCUGACGGCCACACCGGUGACAACAAGUCCCAGCAGGAGUCCCGCGACGGUGAUGUCGUGAAGGGCUCUUACUCCUUCCAAGAAGCUGACGGUUCCAUCAGGACUGUGGAGUACACCGCUGAUGACCACCAUGGUUUCAACGCGGUGGUGCACAACUCCGCCCCCACUCCCGCUCCCGUCCACGUUAAGGCUGCGCCCGUGAUCGUCAAGCUUUAUCAAAAUGUUCUCCAAAGUAAGUGCACUAGAACUUUUUUCAAAUAUUUGUUCUUUGUAACCUUAAAAGUUAGCGAAUAUCACUUAAAGAUUAUUAUCCUUCAUUCACAGAUUGUUGCUCUGUGCGGUUUGGUGGCGGUGUGCCAGGCUGGCCUCCUGCCCGCUCCCGUCCACUACUCGUCUGCCGCCGCUGUCUCCUCCCAGAACAUCGUCCGUCACGACCAGCCCACCCAACAUGUUGCCGUCGCAGCUCCAGUAGCAUACCACGCUGCCCCCGCUGUCACCACUUACCACGCUGCCCCCGCCGUCACCACCUACCACGCAGCCCCCGCCGUCGCCACCUACCACGCCGCCCCUGCCCCAGCUGUCUACCACGCCGCCCCCGCCCAUGUCGCUUAUCAUGCUGCUCCCGUUGUCGCUCAUGCUGAAGACUUCGACGCUCACCCCAAAUAUGAGUACAACUACUCCGUUGCUGAUGGCCACACCGGUGACAACAAGUCCCAGCAGGAGUCUCGCGACGGUGAUGUCGUGAAGGGCUCUUACUCCUUCCACGAAGCCGACGGCUCCAUCAGGACUGUGGAGUACUCCGCUGACGACCACAGUGGUUUCAACGCCGUCGUCCACAACACCGCCCCCACAGCCGCGCCCGUCGUCGUCAAGGCCGCCCCCGUCAUCCUCAAGGCUGUCCCCGCUCACUACUACCACCACUAUGUUAUGAGCUCAAUUUUCUUUCGUUAUUGUUUUCAGAUAGUAGCUUUGUGUGGUUUGGUGGCGGUGUGCCAAGCUGGUCUCCUGCCCGCCCCGGCGCACUACUCGUCUGCUGCGGCAGUCUCCUCCCAGAACAUCAUCCGUCACGACCAGCCAGCCCAACACGUAGCCUACCACGCUGCCCCCGCAGCUGUCUCCUACCAUGCCGCUCCUGCUCAUUACUCCUCCGCCGCCGCUGUCUCCUCCCAAAACAUUGUGCGUCAUGACCAACCCGCCCAACACGUCGCAGUCGCUGCCCCUGUAGCCUACCACGCUGCCCCCGCUGUCAGCACCUACCACGCUGCUCCCGCUGUCACCACCUACCACGCUGCUCCCGCUGUCGCCACCUACCACGCUGCACCUGCUGUCGCUCACGCUGAAGAGAUCAACACUCACCCGCAGUACGAGUACAACUACUCUGUUGCUGACGGCCACACUGGCGACAACAAGUCCCAGCACGAGACCCGCGACGGUGAUGUUGUGAGGGGCUCGUACUCCCUCCACGAAGCCGACGGCUCCGUGAGGACCGUGGAGUACUCCGCCGACGCCCACAGCGGCUUCAACGCGGUGGUGCACAACACCCACCCCACAGCCGCCCCCGCGCACGUCGCCCCCGCUCACUACUACCACCACAUAGUAGCUCUGUGCAGUUUGGUGGCGGUGUGCCAGGCUGGUCUCCUGGCCGCCCCCGCGCACUUCUCGUCUGCCGCGGCUGUCUCCUCUCAGAACAUCAUCCGUCACGACCAGCAAGCUCAGCAUGUUGCUAUCGCCGCCCCAGUAGCCUACCACGCUGCCCCCGCCGCAGUGUCCUACCACGCCGCUCCUGCUCACUACUCCUCCGCCGCUGCAGUGUCCUCCCAAAACAUUGUGCGUCACGACCAGCCCGCUCAACACGUCGCUGUUGCUGCCCCAGUAGCCUACCACGCUGCCCCCGCCGUCACCACCUACCACCAUGCUGCUCCCGCUGUCACCACCUACCACGCUGCCCCCGCGGUCGCCACCUACCACUCUGCCCCCGUUGUCGCUCACGCUGAAGAGAUCAACACUCACCCCCAAUACGAGUACAACUACUCCGUCGCUGACGGCCACACCGGCGACAACAAGUCCCAGCACGAGACCCGCGACGGUGAUGUCGUGAGGGGCUCGUACUCCCUCCACGAAGCCGACGGUUCCGUGAGGACCGUGGAGUACUCCGCCGACGCCCACAGCGGCUUCAACGCGGUGGUGCACAACACCCACCCCACAGCCGCCCCCGCCGUGAGCCACAGCCGGUGCGGCGUGGUAGGCGACACGGGCGGGAGCAGCGUGGUAGGUGGUGACAGCAGGAGCAGAGUGGUAAGUGGUGACAGCGGGUGCAGCGUGGUAGGUGGUGACAGCGGGGGCAGCGUGGUAGGCUACUGGGGCGGCGAUGGCAACGUGUUGGGCGGGUUGGUCAUGACGCACAAUGUUUUGGGAGGACACAGCGGCGGCGGAGGAGUAGUGAGCAGGAGCGGCGUGGUAGGAUACUGCGGCGGGGGCGGCGUGGUAUGCUACUGGGGCGGCGUGGUAUGCUACUGGGGCGGCGAUAGCAACGUGUUGGGCGGGCUGGUCGUGACGGAUGAUGUUCUGAGAGGAAACAGCCGCGGCAGACGAGUAGUGUGCGGGGGCGGCCAGGAGACCAGCCUGGCACACUGCCACCAAACCACACAGGGCAACUAUCUGCAAAAAAAAAUAUCAUCUUCACAGGUAGUAGCUCUUUGUAGUUUGGUGGCGGUGUGCCAGGCUGGUUUUCUAGCCGCCCCCGCGCUCUACUCGUCUGCCGCGGCUGUCUCCUCCCAGAACAUCAUCCGUCACGACCAGCCCGCCCAACACGUUGCUAUCGCCGCCCCAGUAGCCUACCACGCCGCCCCGGCCGCUGUGUCCUACCACGCCGCUCCUGCUCACUACUCCUCCGCCGCCGCUGUCUCCUCCCAGAACAUCGUGCGUCAUGACCAGCCCGCCCAACACAUCGCUGUUGCCGCCCCAGUAGCCUACCACGCUGCCCCCGCUGUCACCACCUACCACGCUGCCCCGGCAGUUGCUACCUACCACGCUGCCCCUGCCGUCACCACUUACCACUCUGCUCCUGCUGUCACCACCUACCACGCUGCUCCCGCCCGUGUCGCCUACCACGCCGCUCCGGCUGUGGCUCACGCUGAGGAGAUCAACACUCACCCCCAAUACGAGUUCAACUACUCCGUCGCUGACGGCCACACCGGCGACAACAAGUCCCAGCACGAGACCCGCGACGGUGAUGUCGUGAGGGGCUCGUACUCCCUCCACGAAGCCGACGGCUCCGUGAGGACCGUGGAGUACUCCGCCGAUGCCCACAGCGGCUUUAACGCGGUGGUGCACAACACCCACCCCACAGCCGCCCCCGCCCAUAUCGCUCCCGCUCAUUACUACCACCACAAUAUACUAAUAUUUUUUUUUAACCUACAGAUUGUAGCUCUUUGCGGAUUAGUGGCGGUGUGCCAGGCUGGUCUCCUGGCCGCCCCCGUGCACUACUCGUCUGCCGCGGCUGUCUCCUCCCAGAACAUCGUCCGUCACGACCAGCCCGCCCAACACGUCGCCAUCGCCGCCCCAGUAGCCUACCACGCUGCCCCCGCCGCAGUGUCCUACCACGCCGCUCCUGCUCACUACUCCUCCGCCGCCGCUUUGUCCUCCCAGAACAUCGUGCGUCAUGACCAGCCCGCCCAACACGUCGCUGUUGCCGCCCCAGUAGCCUACAACGCUGCCCCCGCCGUCACCACCUACCACGCUGCUCCCGCUGUCGCUACCUACCACGCCGCUCCCGCGCACGUAGCUUACCACGCCGCCCCUGUUGUAGCUCACGCUGAAGAGAUCAACACCCAUCCCCAGUAUGAGUUCAACUACUCCGUUGCUGACGGCCACACCGGCGACAACAAGUCCCAGCACGAGACCCGCGACGGUGAUGUCGUGAGGGGCUCGUACUCCCUCCACGAAGCCGACGGCUCCGUGAGGACCGUGGAGUACUCCGCCGACGCCCACAGCGGCUUCAACGCGGUGGUGCACAACACCCACCCCACAGCUGCCCCCGCCCACAUCGCUCCUGCCCACUACUACCACCACUGAAAAAACAAAAUCGACUAAUUUAUUCAAUUAAAUGAAAUAGUAAAAACAA